GCCGCUGAGGCAAAGGAGAGAACGAUUUCUGGGGCACCGCUCUCUCGGGGAUCACGAGAGACAAACGCAGCGCGGGAAGAACUGGACCGGAGGCAUCCCUGGGAUCAUUCGCGGAACCGCAGGUUUGAUCAAAAGGUAGAGAAGAGGAGGAGGAGAAGGAGGAGGAGGAGGACCCCAGGCCGACACGAUGCGGCCCAGGGCCGCGGCGACGUCAAGAAUCAUCGGCGACGCGAGCCGCGGCAUCUCGCGGCCGGUCCCGCUCGUCCUGCGAAUCACCUGCGUCCUUGCCCUACUGGUGCUUGUCGCCACGUGGAUACCAAUCGCCGAGGCUGUGAUUUGCAGAGACUCGUACAAAUGCAAUUGUACCGGAAUAAAAGGGCAGCCAGGAUAUCCUGGGAUACCUGGGCCACAAGGACCAGAAGGACUCCCAGGUGACACUGGACCCGAUGGCCCCUUUGGACCCAAAGGCGAGAAAGGAGCAGGAGGAGAGCCUGGAGCUACCGGAGAAAAGGGCUACCGAGGCGACGAUGGUAUACAAGGAUUUGGGGGAGCCCCGGGACUUUCCGGUAAUCCUGGUUUACUUGGUGUGAUGGGUCCAGACGGAUUGGACGGAUGCAACGGAACUGACGGUCGUACCGGUGCACCGGGACUGCCCGGAACUUUCGGGCCCCGUGGGGUAAUGGGACCCUCUGGCGAUUAUGGUUUGCCGGGAGAACCUGGUGAGGGAGGUAUCAAUUCAGAAGGCUCCAAAGGAAUUCGCGGGAAUCCCGGUAUCGAUGGACCGGAGGGUUAUCCAGGACAGCCGGGUCUCACCGGCGAGAUGGGCCAUCCAGGAGACACGGGCGACUUUGGUCUACCAGGUGCUCCAGGCUUGCCAGGCAUGCAAGGUGAACGCGGUGACACUGUCUAUGGUGUAAAAGGUCCACGUGGCGAACAGGGAGACAGAGGAGAGCCUGGACCACCGGCUACGGACGAACACAGGAAGAAUGAAAAUUCGACGCCCGUAAAGGGUUUUCCGGGACCAAAAGGCAUGAGAGGCUUCCGAGGCGACCGAGGUCGCAAAGGAGAGAUGGGCGCCAAAGGACCACAGGGUCGACCAGGUUAUGUAGGUAUCAAAGGUAUGAAAGGAGAACAAGGUGAAGAUGGACCAAGAGGUAAGCAGGGAGCCGAGGGCCCACCAGGUCCAGCUGGUGAAAAGGGAGAAAAGGGAGCUCCAGGAUUCGCUGGAAUGCCUGGUCCGGACGGACAAGAUGGAGAACUUGGAGAGGAAGGAAAUCGUGGCCCACCCGGCAGACAAGGGGCUGAAGGAGAACCUGGACUGUAUAUCCCAGAACUUGAUGAAAUAAUCGCCGGAAAUAUUGGAAUUCAAGGAGAUCUUGGACCUCCUGGUGAACCUGGUCAAACAGGAACACCGGGUCUGCCAGGAAAGGUCGGCUUUAUAGGACCGCCAGGACCACCAGGACCUCCAGGUAUCCCUGGUUUAGCGGGAGCAAAAGGUUCAUCCAUAAAAGGAGAGCAAGGAGACGAUGGCUUAUCAGGCACUAUGGGACCUCAAGGACCUCCCGGAUUGCCUGGCUUACCCGGAAUUAUGGGAGCCAAAGGAUUUCCGGGAGUAACGAUAAUUGGACCACCGGGACUGGAUGGCAAUCCAGGCCUUCCAGGAUUGUCAGGUCCACCCGGUGAUCGUGGUGACCCUGGUCCUCCAGGAGAGAAAGGUUUUCCUGGGAAAGGUAUAAGAAUUCGUGGACCAACUGGAGAACGCGGUCUACCGGGAACACCAGGUAUUCCUGGUCCCGAUGGUUGGCCUGGUUCUCCUGGCUUUAAAGGUAUCAAAGGUUUUCGAGGAGACGAUUGCGGCAUAUGUGCUCCAGGUCUACCCGGUGAGAAAGGAGAACGUGGUGAACCUGGCUUGGAUGGAUAUCCCGGAGCUUCCGGUUUCCCUGGACUACCUGGUCCACGAGGAUACAAAGGAAUACAAGGGAAACGAGGCCCACAAGGACCGGCGGGACUUGAAGGUGACAGUGGAAGACCCGGUAUUGCGGGAGUUCAGGGACCUAAAGGACAACCGGGAAGGAUAUUCUUCCCUCAAAAUAAAACGAAGGGGAGUCCGCCAGGCGACUUCGGCGAGAAGGGCUUACCUGGUCCCGAAGGUCUUAGAGGUCCACGGGGACGUCCGGGGCCCAUUGGAAGCCCGGGUAUACCAGGACCGAAAGGAGACAAAGGUGAUCAUGGUCUUCCUGGGUUACCGGGAAGAGAUGGUUUGCCAGGAUGGGACGGCAUUCCUGGUGAAAAAGGUGAAAAUGCGUCGAUAUCAAGACUUGAAUUUUUGCGUGGAGAUUCAGGAUAUCCGGGAGUGAAGGGAAUCAAAGGAAUACAAGGAGAGAGCGGUAAAAAGGGAGAACCUGGUAAUACCGCGGAGUAUUAUGUAAAAGCUACGGGUGAUAAAGGCUACAAAGGAAUCAGAGGAGCUCCUGGCGAACCUGGCUUUAAAGGUUUCCAAGGACAUCCUGGCGACGAAGGUCUACCAGGAUUGCCUGGUGAACGAGGUUCUCCAGGAAUUUCACUUCAAGGUCCUAUUGGCUUAAAAGGAUACCCUGGAAUGCCGGGAGAUCAAGGUUUUCGGGGUACACCAGGUUCACCUGGAUCACAGGGACCAGUGGGUUUCCCGGGUCGCAUUGGUAACAAAGGUGAACGAGGAGAUCCGGGUACAAAUUUAACAUACGGUGAAAUUGGAGAACGCGGAUGGUAUGGUCCAAAAGGUGACACCGGCGAUUUUGGUCCACAAGGAUUGCCUGGUCGACCAGGACAGGAUGGUCCAAAGGGUAUCAAAGGCGCUAAGGGAGCGCCUGGUUUCGAAGGAUUACCUGGACUUCAAGGAGCCAAAGGUCAACGUGGAGAUAGUAUUCAAGGUGAUCGUGGAUUUCCAGGAAUAUCUGGCCAGCCUGGAAUGCCCGGAAGAAUCGGAGAUGUCGGUCUCCGUGGUCCUGAUGGUCCUUCUGGUUUCGAUGGGAUGAAAGGCUUGAAAGGGGAAAUUGGCUUUAUUGGACGACGUGGUGACGAUGGUGAUGUGGGCCCUCAAGGGUACGAAGGGUUACACGGAAUGCAAGGUCAACCAGGUGCUCCAGGAGAGAAGGGAGAUGUUGGCGAUGUCGGCGAGCCAGGACCACUUGGUUGGUCCGGUUUCGAUGGUAUAGACGGAGCACCUGGUGUUAAAGGAGAAAGAGGAGACAUUGGAGUUCCUGGUUUACCAGGAGUGAGGGGACCACCUGGACUCAAGGGUAUCAUCGGUGAUAUUGGUCUCGAAGGAUUAUCAGGAAUCCGUGGUGAAAAUUCCUUCAGUGGUCCUCAAGGUGAUCAAGGUGAACCUGGUUUUAUGGGGGAACCUGGACCGCCCGGUCUAGCUGGAUUCGAUGGACGACCAGGAUUACCGGGAGAACCAGGAUUCGGCCCUGAUGGUUUCAAUGGUUUACCAGGAGAAAAAGGCGAACCUGGAUUUGAUGGCUAUGAUGGUAUCAUAGGACCAAAGGGAGAAAUUGGUGAUAUGGGUCCUGAUGGAGUAAAAGGUGAACGAGGCGAGCCAGGUUUCCCAGGAAGACCAGGUGGACCUGGAAUACCCGGUAGACAUGGUACAAAAGGUGAAAGAGGCCCAAUUGGGCCACCUGGGUUUGAUGGUUUGAAAGGAAAACCAGGUGUCGAUGGUGAUCCAGGUAUAAUGGGCAGACCAGGAAUGCCGGGUGAGCCGGGUGUGAGGGGAAUCCCAGGUAUUAUGGGUGCCCCUGGAUCAAAAGGUUACGUAGGUGAACCUGGUUUACCAUCUUACGCAUUUGCGAGUAAAGGUGAUUACGGUAAUCGUGGCCAUGAUGGUUUCGUUGGUGCGAAAGGGCAGAUAGGUGAACCAGGAUAUCAUGGCAUACCCGGCCGUAAGGGUCAAAUUGGAGAUAGAGGCUAUCCAGGUCCUACCGGUUUCCCAGGAUUACCCGGUUUCCCUGGUUUACCGGGUGAUGAAGGACCUCGUGGAGCUCCAGGAUUGCCUGGUGAAUUCGCUGAACCCGGUGAACCGGGUCGCGCUGGUCUCGAUGGUAUGCCUGGUAUUCCAGGACGUGCAGGACAAAAAGGAGCUCCUGGUGAAUAUGGCCCAGAUGGACCUAAAGGAAUUUCUGGUGAUAUAGGUCAUAGUCUUCGCGGUCCUAAAGGAAUGAUCGGAGAACCAGGUCCCCGAGGAUUUGUCGGUAUACCGGGUAUGCCAGGAUUAGAAGGAUUGCAAGGUUUUCCUGGGGCACCAGGACUGAAAGGUUUCCGUGGAGAUCAGGGAUUACCUGCUGAAAGCACUAGAGGACAAUCUGGCGAUUCUGGAUGGCCUGGAUUGGAUGGUCUAGUCGGACCGAAGGGAAUGAAAGGUGAUUCUGGUUUACCUGGUUUUGAUGGAUUACCAGGUCUGAAAGGAGAACCGGGAGAAACUGGUGAACCUGGUCUACGUGGAUUGCCUGGUCCUGAAGGACCACAGGGACCAAAAGGAGAACCCGGCAUAAAUCCUUUCCCACCGUUCCCAAGACGAGGUCUUCCUGGUGAUGUAGGAAUGGUCGGAUUACCAGGUUUUGCUGGACCACAGGGAAUAAUGGGUGAGCCUGGUAAGGAUGGCCUACCGGGACGACAGGGUGAAAGAGGAAUGAUUGGAUUUACUGGACCACAAGGAUCAGAUGGUAAAGAUGGGCCUCCCGGAUAUCAAGGACCUCCCGGAGCAACCGGCCGACAAGGACAACCAGGUUUCCCCGGCCCACCUGGAUUACCUGCGCCAAAUGGAAUUGGUCCAAGAGACCGAGGAUUCUACUUUGCUCGUCAUUCACAGUCCGAGAUGAUACCAAUUUGUCCAAGGAAUACUGUAAAGAUCUGGGAAGGAUUUUCUCUAUUGCAUACGAUGGGUAAUGGACGAGCUUAUGCGCAGGAUCUUGGCGCUGCUGGCAGUUGCAUCAAGAAGUUCUCCACUAUGCCCUUCCUAUUCUGUAACCUGAACAAUGUAUGCGAUUACGCCAAUCGUAACGAUUACAGUUAUUGGCUUAGUACAACCGAACCUAUGCCGAUGAUGAUGACACCAAUACCAGCUCCGGAAGUUGGUAGAUACAUAUCGAGAUGCUCUGUAUGCGAGACGCCGACCAGGGUUAUAGCUAUUCACAGUCAAUCUAUGACGAUACCUGAAUGUCCGGGUGGUUGGGAGGAAAUUUGGAUUGGCUACAGUUUCCUCAUGCACAGAGAUGCAGGUGCAGAUGGCGGCGGCCAGUCCUUAGUUUCACCUGGAUCCUGCUUGGAGGAAUUCCGCGUCAGGCCAUUUAUCGAAUGUCGCGGUCUUGGCACGUGCAAUUACUUUGCCACAGCCACGUCGUAUUGGCUGGCAACUAUUCGCGACGACGAGAUGUUCCGCAGACCGCUGCAGCAGACUCUUAAAGCUGAUCACACGUCCCGUGUGAGCCGUUGUGCCGUAUGUCUUCGCCGAAGGACCACUGAAAUUCUGAAACCCUUCACAUCGAACAAUGAGCGAACUCCUAAUAAUUGGGGUAUUGCUCCACCGGCAUCACCACCUCGCUAUGAUCCUUCUAGGACACAAGCUAGCCGAGGAAGAUAUUCCAGCCAGAGACGUAUACCCUAUCAUUAUCGCAGGAGAGGUCAUAUUCGUGGAAAGCAGCGAUCGACAGAGUCUCCCAACAAUCUGUAGGGGCAACGCACAUUGCGCGUAUAUCCAGAAUAAGCGGCGUCAGUGACGUGUUAGGGUGUAGCAAGUCUAUGUAUAUAAAAAAGCAACAAAAACUAUGUUUUUUCUAUUAGUUAAGUUAUAUCGGUCGGGUGCUUUAGUCUAUAGAUCUUACACUGGAUAGAAAUGAAUAACGCAGAUAAUUCAGAAAUAGCAUGAUAAAAGAAGCUUUGGGAUAGCGUGGAUAAUACACAGGUCUGGAAAGUGUUAUAAAAAGAGACGUUCUUUAAAUAUCUUCCGUCCUCUAUCGUAUGUUUUGAGGAAAAGAAAUCAUGUGAAUAAAAGUCUUCUUUUUAAGUCGCGGACUAUUGAAGUAUUAGAUAUGAAAUGCAAUUGAGUAUAGUACUUUGAUAAAUCUCUUUAUCGGUAUAUUUUUCCCGGAAAUAAUAACAAAAUCAGAGCUUGUCAAAGUGACUGCUAUUGAAUCAAGACCUGGGUUGCUGCUUAUCUAAAAGUCCUCAGCUCGAACCCUUCUAUCGCUCUUGGAAAUCUAUUAUUCGUUGUUAUUCGUUCCCACCCUGUGAAAAGAGGUCUGUGCCCUGUUCCGGCCAUCUCGUCUCUUCCUGCGUGCCCGAUAAAAAGCGCCGCCGGCUGCGAUAAAGCCAUAUAACUGCCUUAUGCCAAAUAGAAAAAGAACCUGUCGCAUCCGGCCAUCGCAAACUGCCAAUAACAUCGCGCUCGCCGAUGCGAUUUACGAGAUCACACUAUGAUAAUUAAAUUAACGUUAUGUAUAUUAUAUUGCUGUCGUAACUAUUAUCUAUGUAUCUCGCAUUGAAUAAAGUACCUUUUGUAUAAGCUAA